UGGAGGUGUAAGGGCACGUCGUCUCUCCUUUUAGUUGUAACUGGACAAUACCAAGCCAGCCAGCCAUGCUCACUCAGUAGCAAAGUGGAUGUGCCUGUUGUUAAGUUCUGCUUACUGCUCUCUCGAGAUACAUACACACACUUGACUCUGCCAGACUUACGGAAAGAAUCACAAGUGGACAGAGACAGACAGAGACAGACAAGAUCAAAGAUAUACACACACACAUAUACACAUAAUACUAAAGGGUAUACUGGUGUAGCUGGUUACUCUACCCACUCCAUCAUGUUUGGAGGAAGCACUGGGGCAGACCCAAUGUACUCCAACAACACUUAUAUUUAUAGCUUUGAGACCAACAAGAUGGUCCAUCAACCAACGACUGGCGACGUUCCCAAUCCUCGAUCAGCACACUCGGCAAUAUGCUACAACGAUCAUAUGUAUAUAUUUGGAGGAUGGGAUGGAAAGGAAUCAAACAAUGAUACCUACAAACUUAACCUAAAAACAUUCCAAUGGAGGAAGAUGCUCAAUAGUAAUCCUCCUCUGAAACGGAGAGCUCAUUGUUGUGUCCUUUACAACAAGGCGCAGUAUCUAUUCGGUGGAUUUGAUACUGCUUAUGCUCCAGAGACCUUCAACACCAUUCACAAGUUCUGCUUCAAGAAAGAGAAGUGGACUACAGUAACCUGCGAUGGAGAAAUACCAAAGGGCAGGUCAAGAGCUUCAAUGGUACAGUUCGAGAACAAGUUCUACAUGAUUGGAGGAUGGGACCGAAAGAACUACUUCCACGAGAUAUACGAGUUCAACAUUGAGUCCUUUCACUGGAAGAAGAUGAUGCACAACAUUAACCAGGUGAACCUGGGGCUUGGACAGAACUCGGUUCUAGUGCACGCCAACAGGAUGUUUGUAUUUGCUGGCUACCAGCCAAAAAAGAACUCAUCAACAAAUGAGCUGUUCAUGUCCAGGUUGAGU